CACGGCCCCUAGCCCCUGGCCGUUUGGCAAGACCCCCGCAUACCCCGGGGCUUCCCGAAAUCCAGUUCCCCUCCCCCACCCCAGCUCAUGCCCCAGCCCCAGAACUCCGGGGCUACCAGCCCCCUGUGCCCCUGCCCCUCCUGAGAAUCGGGGUGUGCUCCUCCAGCCCCCUCCCCUCCACUGGGGAGCCCUUUUUAGGGUCCCCCCUCCCUUCCACGCUUCCCUACCCUUCUCUCCUCCAACCUUCUCCUUCCCCUCUCACCCCUCCCCCCAUCCUGGCCCCCCCUGCAAAAGUGGGGUGCGGAGGGGGGAGGGGUGAGAACCCACCGAGGGGAGGAACAAAACUCCAAUGAAGUCAGAGCCCCCUACUCGCCGCCGCGGCCCCCAACAUGGACUGUCUCUGUAUAGUGACAACCAAGAAAUAUCGCUACCAAGAUGAAGACACGCCCCCUCUGGAGCACAGCCCGGCCCACCUCCCCAACCAGGUAAACGCCCCCGAGCUGGUGCACGUGGCGGAGAGGAACUUGUCCCACCUCGAGGCCUUCCACGGGGUCGUGGGCCACGCCCACCUCUCGCCCCUCAAGGCCAAUUCCCCCCCUGUGAUUGUCAACACGGACACCCUCGAGGCCCCAGGCUAUGUGAACGGGACAGAGGGGGAGAUGGAAUACGAGGAGAUCACGCUGGAAAGGGGUAACUCAGGUCUGGGCUUCAGCAUCGCAGGUGGCACUGACAACCCACACAUCGGGGACGACCCGUCCAUUUUUAUCACCAAGAUCAUUCCUGGUGGGGCUGCAGCUCAAGAUGGCCGCCUCAGGGUCAAUGACAGCAUCCUGUUUGUGAAUGAAGUGGAUGUUCGAGAGGUGACACACUCAGCGGCGGUGGAGGCCCUCAAAGAGGCAGGCUCCAUCGUCCGCCUCUACGUCAUGCGCCGGAAACCCCCAGCCGAAAAGGUCAUGGAGAUCAAGCUCAUCAAAGGGCCGAAAGGACUUGGCUUCAGCAUCGCAGGGGGCGUAGGGAACCAGCACAUCCCGGGAGACAACAGCAUCUACGUCACGAAGAUCAUUGAAGGCGGCGCCGCCCACAAGGAUGGCCGGCUGCAGAUCGGAGACAAGAUCCUGGCGGUCAACAGUGUGGGGCUGGAGGACGUCAUGCACGAAGAUGCCGUGGCCGCCCUGAAGAACACGUAUGACGUUGUCUACCUAAAGGUGGCCAAGCCCAGCAAUGCCUACCUGAGUGACAGCUAUGCUCCCCCAGACAUCACAACCUCGUAUUCUCAGCACCUGGACAACGAGAUCAGUCACAGCAGCUACUUGGGCACUGACUACCCCACAGCCAUGACCCCCACUUCCCCUCGGCGCUACUCCCCUGUGGCCAAGGACCUGCUGGGGGAGGAAGACAUUCCCCGGGAGCCGCGGCGGAUCGUCAUCCACCGGGGCUCCACAGGCCUGGGCUUCAACAUCGUGGGCGGCGAGGACGGCGAGGGCAUCUUCAUCUCCUUCAUCCUCGCCGGGGGUCCGGCCGACCUCAGCGGGGAGCUGCGGAAGGGGGACCAGAUUCUGUCGGUCAAUGGUGUUGACCUCCGGAACGCCAGCCACGAGCAGGCCGCCAUCGCCCUGAAGAACGCGGGCCAGACAGUCACCAUCAUAGCGCAGUACAAACCGGAAGAGUACAGCCGGUUCGAGGCCAAGAUCCAUGACCUUCGGGAGCAGCUCAUGAACAGCAGCCUGGGCUCAGGGACUGCGUCCCUGCGGAGCAACCCCAAGAGAGGUUUCUAUAUCAGGGCGCUGUUUGAUUACGACAAGACCAAGGACUGCGGCUUCUUGAGCCAGGCCCUGAGCUUCCGCUUCGGGGACGUGCUGCAUGUGAUUGAUGCCAGUGACGAGGAGUGGUGGCAGGCCCGGCGGGUCCACUCUGACAGUGAGACCGACGACAUUGGCUUCAUUCCCAGCAAACGGCGGGUUGAGCGACGAGAGUGGUCAAGGUUAAAGGCCAAGGACUGGGGCUCCAGCUCUGGAUCACAGGGUCGAGAAGACUCGGUUCUGAGCUAUGAGACAGUGACGCAGAUGGAAGUGCACUAUGCUCGCCCCAUCAUCAUCCUCGGGCCCACCAAAGACCGCGCCAACGACGACCUUCUCUCUGAGUUCCCCGACAAGUUUGGAUCCUGUGUCCCUCAUACGACGCGUCCUAAGCGGGAGUAUGAGAUAGAUGGCCGGGACUACCACUUUGUGUCCUCCCGGGAGAAAAUGGAGAAGGACAUCCAGGCGCACAAGUUCAUCGAGGCUGGCCAGUACAACAGCCACCUGUACGGGACCAGCGUGCAGUCUGUGCGAGAGGUGGCAGAGCAGGGGAAGCACUGCAUCCUCGAUGUCUCGGCCAAUGCCGUGCGGCGGCUGCAGGCGGCCCACCUGCACCCCAUCGCCAUCUUCAUCCGUCCCCGCUCCCUGGAGAACGUGCUAGAGAUCAAUAAGCGGAUCACGGAGGAGCAAGCCCGGAAAGCCUUCGACAGAGCCACGAAGCUGGAGCAGGAGUUCACAGAGUGCUUCUCAGCCAUCGUAGAGGGCGACAGCUUUGAGGAGAUCUACCACAAAGUGAAGCGCGUCAUUGAAGACCUCUCAGGCCCCUACAUCUGGGUCCCAGCCCGAGAGAGACUCUGAUCCCUGCCCUGGCUUGGCCUGGACUCACCCUGCCUCUAUCACCUAGGCCCUUGGUCUGGACUGGAUAGCCCAAGCCCCUCGCACCCCGGCCUCCCUGCCCACCCUUCUUAUUUAUUUCCUUUCUAACUGGAUCCAGCCCACCGGAGGGGGAACAGUCCUCUGCAUGUACCCUGCACCCCAGAUCAGGGCUCCUGGACCCCAGGAACCUGCAGCCUGGGAGGGGGCUGGGCUCCUGGUUCCGAGCCCUUGCUCCCUAGGACCCCUACCCUACCUGCCCCCACGCACACACAGACCCACGGGGGCCUCUGCCCUCCCUGUUUUCUCCCCACACAUUCCAGAAGUCAGGGCCCUCUCAAGGGAUCCCCCGCUGUAGGGUUGCAGGGCCACAGGCUUCCGCGCUCCUGAGGCUGGGCUCGCCGGCCCGCCACUCCCCAUGCCAUUUCAGUUCUCAUUAUUUUCUCCAUUUUUUUCUUCUCAAAGGUGGUUUUUGGGGGGAGAAGUUGGGGCUCUGCUGUGGCGCCCACUUUCACACGCCUCCACCUUUCUUUGCCGGUUUGCAUGAGUCGAAGGUCUAAUGUGGCUUUUUUCUUUUUUUUCCUGGGACUUUAUUUUGUUUUAUUUUAUUUUAUUUUUGGGAAAAGGGGAGGGAUGGGUCUAGGGACUGGGGAAUAUGGGAGGGGGGUGGGGGGGUAAGGGGUCAGGGGUUGGGUGUCUGGGAGCCAGGGGAAGACAGGAAAUGCUGCCGCCUUCUGCAAUUUAUUUAUUUAUAUUUUCUUUUGAGAGAGUGAAAGGAAGAGACAGAUACUUGAAACCCGGUGUGUGGCCUGCUUCUUUGGGGUGAGGGAGGGAAGCGGAGGACACAGGUGGGGGCCUGGGACCGGUGGGUCGGGGAACUUCAGAUCCUUACCUCACAGAGAGGGGAGUGCCUGAGAGGGUCCUGGGAAGGAGUUGUCAAACUGGGGAGCAACACGAGGGCCAUGGGCCUGAGAAGAGCUGGGGCUCAACUGGUCGCUGGCCAACCUAGUCCAGCCCUGACCACUGCCCUAGCUGGUCUCACCUCCGCUGGUGGCCCAUUCUCUCCUGAAGAAAAAUGCAGAACCGUCCUCCACCCACCGGGGCCGAAAAUGACCUUUGUACAAAGCUGGAAAGAAUGUACAGGUCUAAACACACAAUUUAGGACUCGGCCUCAUCCACCUGAAAGGGCUCAGAGCACGAGCCACGGUGGGGCAGAGGCCUCGGUGUCAGAGCAGUGAGCAGCCCAGGGGCAGCCUGGAAGCUGAGCGUGCCAGCGCCCCCCAGCCUCAGGAGGCACCCAGUACAGCGCCAGCCAUAAAAAGAUUAAAAAGUCCAGUUAUGGAGGCUUCUGCGUGUAAUCCCAGCGCUUGGGACACUCAGGGUUAACCCAGGCCAGCAGCCUGCGCAUCAUAAGGAAGCUACCUUAAAAGACAAAAUGCAAUAAGAACAAAAACUUAGUUUUUAGCGAAUGUGAUUUCUUGGUGUUCAGAGUUGAGAAACCGCAGGCGGACCUGUUAAGACAGGGCUGCCUAGAGGGAACAUUUUUGUCAUUACAUUCUUGGAGCCAUGCACAGAAUGCUUAUUUGUUUUUGUUUUCCGGGACAAGGCUUCUCCUUGGCUCUCCUGGACUCACUUUGUAGACCAGGCUGGGCUUGAACCCACAGAGAGAUCCACCUGCCUCUGCCUUCAAAGUGCUGGGAUUAAAAGCGUGAACCACCACCGCCUGACUUUAUUAUUUA